AUGUUGCAGUCCUGGUAUACAACUGUAUACAAUUAUUUUGAAGGCGAUGAAUACAUGUUAUAUGUGGUUGCUGGAAAUGCAGUGGCUGGUAUCUCUUUUUGGCUCUACAACCUUUUCUUCAUAAUAAUCGACGUAACGGAUCCAAAAUGGGUGCAACCUUACAAAAUCCAAGAGGAGAAAAAGCCAACGCUUUCAAAAUACUGGAGUAUUUUGAAAGUUAUCGGUCCCAAUCAAUUAAUCGUUACCCCAAUAGUCACUUCUAUCUGGUUUUAUAUUGCCAAAUGGUGGGGAAUGGAUUUCGGACCGGAAAUUCCAUCCGUGUGGGUUCUUCUGAUGAACUGGGUACUUUGUAUGGCAAUGGAUGAGAUUGCUUUCUAUUAUAGUCAUAGACUCCUCCACCACCCAAAACUCUAUCGACACAUCCACAAGAAGCAUCAUGAGUGGACAGCUCCAGUUUCUAUCGCUAGCAUCUACGCUCACCCACUGGAGCACGCUAUCUCCAACUUGAGCCCAAUUGCUCUUGGAGCAGUUCUAUUCCGAUGCCACGUGGUUUCUUACUGGAUCUUCACAUCCUAUGCGAUUCUGACCACCACGUUCCAUCAUUCUGGAUAUCAUUUUCCGUUCAUGUUAUCAGCUGAGCAUCAUGAUUUCCAUCAUAAAGUAUUCAAUGAAUGUUAUGGCUUUGGUCCUCUUGACUGGUUCCACGGCACCGACAAACAGUUCCGUAAAUCCAUUGAACAUCCCCGUGACUAUGUGUAUUAUGGUCUUACACCUGUUAAACAAUUGAUUCCCGAUGUGAACAAUAAUGAUGAUGAAAAUGUGAAAAUGGAGGAUAUUGUACAAAGGAAUAAGAUUAUUUAG